AUGGCCUCGUUAGGAGAUGACGAGGAAGGUGCCUUGGAAGGCCUCCCAGCUGAAUCACCCAAAUAUAAAUAUCAAGGACUGUCGACAUGUUUGGAGACAAUAGAGAGUCAGUUUUCACGAGAUCCUUCCUCCUCAGACUUCAUCAGUGAUCGUCUCAUCUUUUACAACAUCCCACCCCACGAAUCUCAAACCCUCGCCGCCCAACUCAAAGACACUUCGGCAAAAUUUUCAAGCUACGAUUUCACACACCACAUUCUCACGCUCAAAAUAGCGUCUCACAUGCAUGCAACUGCGACUCAGGAAUUCGACGAAAUUGUGACUAUGUGGAAAAUGUCCAUGGCAAUGCGGCGUGACCUUUCCAACAGCCCAGGUAAAGUCAAGGGAGGCUCGAAAGACAAGGUUCCAGAUGCCGCAUGGACUCCGAGAUGGUACGGCGCCGAUAUCAACAGACAUUGGCCAUCGAUGGUCCUCGAAGUAGUAUACACGAAUUCUCGGAAAGACCUUGAGGACGACAUCACAUUCUGGCUCAAGGAAUCGGCGGGGGAAGUGAAGGUCGCAGUGAGCAUUUCCAUUCAGCCAAAACAAGCAGGGAAGGUGACCUUGGAGCAGUGGAAAUUCACGCCUUCGGCCCGAGAGACACGCUUGAAGCAGGGAAAACCCCGAGUAGUACAGACCAAGACAGCCACCCGAAAACCGGGACUCGCGCCCGUGAUCUCAUCGGGGAACUUUGUACUGCCCUUUGAGGAUAUUAUUCUCAAACCAGCGGCCUCGGAAACCACGGCAUGCGACCUGGUAGUCUCUGAUUCGGACAUGGAAGAACUAGCCAAGGUUAUCUGGGACCGACAGUUUGGAACUCUUGAACGGUGA